GCUAGAUCAACGCGCAGGUGCGUGAACCCAACAUGGCGGCAAAACCAAAUCUGUCAAACAUUCCUGUAAAUCAUCUUAACAUUCAGCACUAAUUCAACGAUUUGACAGUAUUACAAUAACUGAUAAUGGCGCAUCUUUGGCAGCAUCCAUAUGUAAAUAUAUUCAAACACUUUAAUUUAUCAACAUGGAAGAAAUCAACCAAGGAAGGAGAAGUGGCAUCUGCAAUGGACAAGAUUUUAAAAGGAACAGUUUACCGAAUAUCGGGUUCUAUUCCUGCAGGGAAUUAUUUGCAGCUGCCUAAAACUGGUUCUCAAUCCUUGGGGUUGACAGGACGAUACAUGUAUUUGAUGUUCAGACCAAUUCCAGCCAAAUAUUUUGUUGUCCAUGUUGAUGUUGCAACUCAAGAUAAUCUAGUCGUUAGAGUUUCCUUCUCUAAUUUAUUUAAAGAAUUUAAAUCAACAUCAACAUGUUUACAGUUUCCAUUUAUAUGUCAUGCAUCUCAAGGAUCAGUUUCAUCAUAUGCUUCUAUUGGCAGUAGAGAUCAAGGUGGACCAACACCUAUUACAGCUCGGUGGACUGUCUUAUCAUUAGAUUUUGAACAUAUUUUAUCAACUUACUUAAACAGAAAAUAUCAUUUCAUCAAGAGUAUCCGGUUAUGUGCUAAUAUGAUUGUUAAAAAUAUCUACACCAGUGAUAUGAUGUAUGAUCCAGGAAUAACAUUUGAAGAAAGUAAGAAAAGGGGCAUGGUUCCUGGAAAUAUAGCACCAAUGCCAAGAGAAAUGGCUUUUCCUUUAUUGAAAGGUUCUAACUGGCAUGAUGUCUAUGAUAUAAUUCGAUUUCCGACAGAGACUGAAAUGAAGCCAUUUGAUUCUAUCCAGUUUACAAACCAGAGAUCUAGUGGAAAUGUAGAACCGGUUCGACAAUCAUCUAAAACAGUGGAUAUAAGUAAAUGUGUAUCUGAUAGAGUAACUAUGAUAAAUAAAGUAACAGCACCAAGAGAGAAAAAGACACGGCAACAUGUAAAUUCUGAUUUACCAGAAGUAGGUGUUGUUGAUACGUGGUCUGUAGCACAUGAUGAGUUAGGAGAUGUUCAUCUGUUUGCUAAAACUGAUGACGAUGUUGUUGUACAUAGAGAAGAUAAACGUACUGGACGAGAGAUAAGCAGGAAUAAAGUGAAAGGUCCAACGACAGUAGUUAAUAAGAAAGACAACUUUACACAAUUAGAACCUGAUCCAAUAUUAAAGUUGAAAAAAAUAGUUGGGUUUGGUGGUGGAACAUAUAAGGAGGUUCUAUGGACACAGGAUGUAACAACGGUUGUUUAUCCCUGUCAUGCUGUUGUUGUAGCUAUGAAAGUCAAUAAUGGACGACAACGUUUCUUUAUUGGACACACAGAUAAGGUGUCUGCUAUUGCUAUUACUGGUAAUUCAGCUCUACUGGCUUCAGGUCAGACAGGAACAAUGAGUCUUGUAAGAGUAUGGAGAUUUCAUAAUGGUGAAUGUUUAGCCAUGUGUAAAACACACACCCAUUCUUUACACUCUCUAAGUUUUUCUACUAAUGGUAAUGUUUUAUGUGGUGUUGGUAAAGAUGGUCAAGGGAAAAAUAUGGUGGUAAUAUGGAAUACAUCUAAAGUGUUAAAAUCUAGAGAGAUGUCUGUCAUGGCUAAAGCUCACACUGAUGUAGAUAUUGUUAGAAUGAAGAUUGCAGGAUUUGAUGAAACAAGAAUGGUAUCGUGUGGACGUGAUAAUGUGAGAUUAUGGCGUGUAAAAGAAGGAUCAUUAAGAUCAGCGCCAGUAUCUCUAGGAGAACAUCAUAACAUGGAUUUAACAGAUAUCUGUUUUGAAAAUUGUGUUCAACCUGAUAAGGAAUCCACCAAUAAAAUUAUAUAUGCGUGUAGUAAAUCUGGUCAUGUGAUAAAGAUAGAUUAUCAGAAAGUUGCUGUUCAACAUGUCAGACGUCUGCUUCCUGUCAAUAAAAAAUCAACGAAAGAUAAAGAAGUAAAAACAGGUACAGGAAUAUGCAUUAACAGUAUGUUUGUUAGUGAAGCAUUUUGUGUGACGGGAUCAGAUGAUGGAUUUCUACGUCUAUGGCCACUAGAUUUUGCUAAUGUAUACUUAGAGGCAGAACAUGAAGGUCCUGUAACAGCUGUUAAUUUAUCAUCAGAUGGUAUGAAAAUAUUGGCUGGUACUAUUACUGGUAAUCUAGGUAUAUUAGAUGUAUCAACACGAGGUUAUACUACUAUAAUGAGAUCACAUACAUCUAGUAUACAUAGUAUAUCUAUAGAUCCAUAUAGAAAACAUAUAGCUACUGUAGCUGAUGAUAAAACUAUCAGAGUCUGGGAUGCUGAAACACUUCAACAGUUGUAUGAUUUUAGUGCAGCUAAAGAAUGUCCGUGUACAAUUAGUUAUCAUCCUUCUAAACAAGUGUUUGCUUGUGGUUUUGAGAAUGGUAUAGUGCGUAUCUUUAAUGUUUCAACUACAACAAUGUUAGCAGAACAUAGACAACAUCGUGGGAAGAUAACAGGAUUAGUGUAUAAUCCAAAUGGAGAUUAUCUGUAUAGCUGUGAUUCACUGUGUUCUCUUGUUUUAUAUGAUACAUCAACAGAUGGUUAUAAUAUUAAUCGUGUUUUAACUAAUACCGUAGCUAGAGGUGAACGUUAUGGUCCUAACGCUUUAUCUGUUAGUCCAGAUGGUACCUGUAUGGCUUUUAUAGGACCGUCUGAUUUUACCGUUACUGUUGUCGAAGGCAAAUCUUUAGAUGAGGUUUUAAGAAUAGAUGUAACUAAUAUGAAUCCAUCUGAUAAUGCUAGAACAACUAUAGAUACAGCUAUACAAGUUUCUUUCUCUACAACUAAACUAGCACAACUUUUAGUUACAACUGCUAAUAAUAAACUUCUUAAAUUUGAUGCUAGAAAUGGACGCUUAUUGACUGAAAUGGAUCAUAUACAUAGAAGUGGUUGUUCAUCUAUCAGUGUCUAUGAUUCAGGCAAAUAUUUAGCUACAGCUGGUGAUAAAGUUAUUAAAAUAUGGGAUUAUGAUAUGAAACUAGAUAUUAAUUUUCAAGUAUUUAUUGGUCACUGUGAGAAGAUAAAUAAAAUAUUAUUUACACCUGAUGGUAUAGGUUUUAUCAGUGUUGGUGAAGCUAUUUAUCUCUGGGAUUUCCUGGCAUUUGAAAAACCCAAACCUACAGAGGGCAGAGAAGUUGUUUUAGAUCAAGAGCAAGAAGAACUUAUAAAAGAAAUGGAAAGGAUGAAUAAUUCUAUGGGUAGAUCUUUUACGGAGAUACCUAGAAGAUCACCACCCAGACCGACUGUAGCGUUUGAUUCACCUGGUCGGAUUGAAGAUCUGAGUUCUAUUUAUAAAUCUUCCAUUGGAGAUGUUACAGAUAUAGAAGAUAUACAAUCAUCAAACUCUGAUAAAGAAGAGAUUCUCAUUGGUCCAGAGUUAGAUGAGAAUCAAGCACAGCUAUCAUCUGAAAGUGAAACAGAAGUGACAGUAAUAAAAGGUAGAAGUAUGAUACAUGGUAGUGCACAUGGUAGACAGACGUCACAACAUUCACCACGUCAUGUGAUAGCUGAGUCAGGCGAUAAUAUAACCCUAACAACAGCUAAACGUGUGACAAAUGAUACAGUUACAGCUAAAAAUAAACAACCACCUAAAGUACAUAAACAUUAUAAACAUCGAAAAAAACAACAUGGUAUAGCACAGAGAAGAUAUACAGCUCCACCAAAUCAAGCUGGAUUAAAACUACAAUCUGUAAUAGGAUAUAAUGGUGAUGGUAGAAAUAAUAUGGUCUGGCAUCAAGAUACAGGUUUAUUUGUAUAUACUAGUGGUUGUAUCAUUAUCAUAGAAGAUUUAGACACUAAUGAACAGAAACAUCUCAUAGGUCAAACAGAGGAAAUAUCUACAUUAGCAUUACAACAUGGUAAUCAGAUACUAGCAUCUGGUAGUGGUAAAUUUGAUACAAUAGAAAGUCAGAUCUGUAUCUGGGACUUACAACAAGGUGUUUGUAAAAAGGUUUUAUCACAUCAUCAAUACGAUAUUGUAUGUAUGGCUUUCUCUAGAGAUGAUAGAUUUCUCGUAUCUAUAGGUGAUUAUCGUGAACGUAGUAUAGCAGUAUGGAGUACCAGUAAUUAUACUAUCUUAACAACAACUAUAACAGAUGAUCCUAUACAUGAUGUACAGUGGGAUCCAUAUUCUGUUAAUGAAUUCUCAACAGUGGGAGAUAACUCUACUGUACAGUUUUGGUUAUUGGAUGAAACUAUGUCAGAAGUAGCGUUAAAUGUUCAUGUAGCCGUAGUACCAAAUGAUCUUCUUAGUUCACAUAAUUUGGGUUCUAAUAAAGUAUCAUUCACAUCUCUGGUAUUUGGUGGUGAUAGUACACUAUAUAUUGGUACAAGUAAUGGUAUGGUAGCGGCCUGGGAUACAAGACAGAACUCUUGUUUCAUGCAUUGGGAGGCAGAUGAAACAGAAAUAGGUGUAUUAUUAUGUAAUGGUAAUAAAUUGUUAACUGGUAGUGUAGGACGUAAUGUUCGAGUCUGGUCUAUAGAUGGUAUAAAUGAGAUGAGACAACCUGAUGCUCCGAGAAAACUACAACAAGGUUUAACUAUGGAAGAUGAAAUGACAUUAAAUGGAGCAGUAACAUGUGCUGUCUUUGAUCCUAGUCUAGAAAUGGGUAUUGUUGGAACUAGUGCUGGUACAUUAUGGUAUAUUAACUGGACAGAAAGAACCAGUAUAAGACUAGUAUCUGGUCAUAUGAAUAAAAUAAAUGGUUUGAGUGUAUGUAAGAAUGGUUUAUUAGCAUCUGGUGCUGAUGAUGGUAGUGUUAGAGUAUGGACUAUUAAAGAUAGAGAACAAGCUCUUCAAUUCCAAGUUCUAGAUCAGAAAUGUACCAGCCUUGCUUUUGGUCCCUCUCCACAACAAUUAAGUAAAUCAUCUAGUCCACCAGUACCGGCUGUAGUAGCAGGAUUUAGCGAUGGUACAAUUAGAAUGUUUGAUAUAAACAAAGUAGAAAUGGUUUUAAAGAUGCAUCCUCAUGCUGUAGCUGUGACAGCUAUAUCUUUCUCCUCUGAUGGACGUACAAUAAUAUCUGGAGGUAAAGAUGGUUUGAUAGCUGUUAGUAGUCCUACAACUGGUUUAACCGUUAGAGUUAUCUGUGAUCAUAAAGGUUCACCAAUAUCUAAUAUAGAUGUCACUAAUAGACAGGAUCAAGAUGUAGGUAUAAAUGCACCUUUAUUGUGGUUGGCUAGUAGUGCUGAUAGACGUGUUAGUGUCUGGUCUGCUGAUUGGACAAAGGAUUUUUGUGAGCUUGUUGAUUGGUUGACAUUCCCGGCUCCGGCAUUUACACCUGAUGGAACAAUUAUUGAUAAAAAUAACAAGAAGCAUCUGAAAUCUCUACCCCCAACUCUAGCUCGGUUUUCUACUGAAGAGUCAGACAUCAUACUUUAUGUUGGGUAUGGCAUGCAGAAACAUGUUCAGUUUUAUAGUCUUUCACAGAGAAAGGUGAUUCGUACAGCUGCUUUAACCCACUGGGCAACUUGUUUAGAAACAGCACCAGAUUCUCCUCUGAUCGCUGUUGGUGUUAAUGAACGGCUAUUAAAGUUGCUUGAUUAUUAUGAGGGAAGCUUUCAAGACUUUACAGGUCAUAGUGAUAUAGUCAGCAACAUCAAAUUUUCAUUGGAUGGCAAACUUCUGUUAAGUACUAGUUAUUCAGAGAUAUUAAUAUGGGAGAUUGCUGUAUGAUACCAGUAGGAUACUUCUCUCUUGAAACUUUAUUUAACAUGUGCUGCAGUGUUUGUGUUCUAACAGAAAUAUAUCAAUUAUUUAUGUUGAAUUUGCAUUUAUAGAAAUUAACAGUUGUAUGAAAUCCACUAACUGGAUAAAACCAGACUUCCAUGAAUUAUUGAUUACAAAUAUGCAACUACAUGUAUACUUCUAAGUGGAUAUACAUUAUGUAUUUGCUUGUGGUGAUUUGUUGGCCGAUACUAUAAUUAUAUGAGUGAGUGUGAAUAUUGUGAUAUAUUGGUACAUUGUUACAGAACAUUCCUUUACACAUAUGUUAUGUGAUAUUUAUAAGAAUUCUAUUAGUCCGUCCGAUAAUACAAAGAAGAAGUAUAUGAUUUACAUGAAGUCCCUCAUCAAUUCCUAAUAGCAAUCUUGCUUAAACUAUAGAAUUCGGAGUGAUUUGCUUCAGUAACUGUCUCAAAAAUAUUAUACAUUUACAGUGCAAUCCCGCUAUAAAAGACCAGAUGUUGAACAGAUUAUAAAUUGAUCUUUAUACUCCCAGGAUAUAGAUUUGACACAUUCUUUUAGAAAACAGUUGGGUGAGUGACCCAUAAUACUGAGUUGAUUGAUUAGCGGGGAUUUCACUGUACAUGUAUAUCAAGUGUUCUUUUAGCAUUUUACAAAAAGCAUUAUGUACAUAUGGAUGGAUUUAAUUUAAAUAUUUGUACAUAAGUGAUAAACUUGACCUAUUGUAUAUUUCUGCUCUGUUUUUACAGUAUUAUAGACAUGUAAAUAUAUUUAGCCAUCCUGAGCUUGAAUCUCUUCUAAUGCAUGAUUUUGCUAUACAUGUAUUUAUAACCCAUGAUUUAUUUAAUAAUUCACUUGUAAAUAAGAAAUAAAAAGAAUAUUUUAUAC